GGGGGCGGAGCAGAGCGGGACUCAUGGAGAGGCAGAGGCCGCAGUCUGCUGACUGCGGCACCAGGAAGCCGGCCGGGAUCACUCACAAAAGCAGCAAACCGUCCCAAAGACCCCAGAAGUCGUCGCGCAGUAAGGCACGAACCACAAAAACACUCAGGUCCCUCCAGUUUGCUAAUCCUGGCCGUCAGAUUACAGAGUUCACGCCAGAAGCCAGUCGGAGAGAGAAACGCAAGCAACAGACAAAGCCACCAAGUCAGUCUAAUGCUGAUAGGCAAACAAUGCCAAUAAAAAGCAAGGUUUAUGACAGUCAAGGUCUCCUCAUCUGUAGCAGGAUGGAUCGGUGUGAUUGCUUGGAUGAGGAUUGUUUGGGCUGCUUCUACCCCUGCCCUAACUGUGGCUCCCAAAAAUGUGGAGUUGAAUGUCGCUGUGACCGCAAGUGGUUGUACGAACAAAUUGAAAUUGAAGGUGGUGAGGUAAUUCGCAAUAAAAACGUGAACUAAGCUUUUGAAGAUUUUUGAAAGAUAUUUUUAUUUAUAACUCUAAACUAGAAUGUGCCAUUUCCCUCUGUGAUCAUUUAGGAAUGUAGACUUGUCAAAGUAUAUUGGUUCAAGGAACCAAGGUUCGUUCCAGUGAGGGGAUACCAAUUGCAAAUCUUAAAAUGUAUACUUAUAUUUAAAAUGUUCUAAGAUUAAAACAUUAAAAAUGUAUGAUCAACAGUGUUAAAUACAGUAUGCUGUAAGUGCGAAUGUUGGCUGGAGAAUUGUAUUUUAUCUACUCUGAAUUAACACGUUCACUUUUUAAGCAAUAAAUCCUACUUUUAUUGGUUACUUUGUUUACUUUAAAUUACUGGAUAAUUAAAAAAGAUCAGUGCAAAAUUAAAUUGUUAUGUCUAAACUAUCCAUGUAUUAACUGUAAAUAAAACUCAUUCCUUUCUCAUA